AUGUCUCAACUCGAGUUCUUCUUGCCCGCCGCGAAGGCAGCUCUCUCGGAGAGAUAUGUGGGCAAGUCCAUUCGCGAUGUGCCUACACCGGCAGCGGUCAUGGACGUGUCGGCGGCAAAGAGGAAUUGCGACAACAUGCUUGAGGCGUGCAAGAAGCUUGGGCUAGAAUGGAGAGCGCAUGUCAAGACGCACAAGACAGCUGAGCUCACCAAGCUCCAAGUUGGAGAUGAUGUCGACCGGCCCGUCAAGAUUGUCAUUUCUACUCACGUGGAAGCGGAAUUCCUGCUUCCAGUAUUGCAGGAAUAUAAGAGUCAAGGAAGGAAGGUCAAUGUUCUCUACGGGCUUCCGGCUGCUCCUGGGGAUGUCACUCGCCUUGCAGCUGUUGCCAAAGCGCUUGGAGAGGGCAGUAUCAGCGUGCUUCUAGACGACCCGGCUCAACUACCGGGUCUUGCGAGCUUCAAGUCCCAGGCCGGGGGCGUUGUGCCCCAUGCGCAUAUCAAAAUCGACAUGGGCGGACGCCGAGCUGGUGUAGAGGUGGAGAGUGACCGAUUCGCCCAGGUCGUUGAGGCAGCACUCGCCGCUCAUCGCGAAGGCAACAUCAUCCUCUCUGGGCUUUACUCGCACGCAGGACACUCAUACGCCGGCGAUAGUCGAGUGGCAGCUAUGAAGAUGAUGGGUGCGGAGCUCAGUGCCAUGCUCACGGGAGCGGGUCGCCUGACGACCAUCGCUAAGGAUGCAGGCGUUGCGGUCCCGCCUCUGACACUUUCCGCCGGCGCCUCGCCUACUGCAUUGUCUGUGCAGAACCUGCUGUCAGAGGGGAGUGUGGAUGAGAAGGAUUCUGAGCUACAUGCCGCAGCAUCUAGCCUCUCUGCACUCUUUGACACCAUCCGCGAGCGCAGCCAUGUGGUGGAGAUCCACGCUGGAGUCUACCCAACGCUCGAUCUGCAGCAGCUUGCGGCACACAGCGUCUCCACCUCCCUAGUCUCAUGGAAGGACAUUGCCUUCACUGUUCUGGCAGAGGUGCAUAGCAACUACCCUGGCCGCGGAGCAGACGGACGACCGGAGGUUCUGAUCGGGGCCGGCAUCUUCGCCCUGGGUCGGGAGACCUGCAAGGCAUACCCAGGCAUGGCUAUGGUGACACCGUGGGGGCGUAAGGACGUCGAGAUGCCUACAGUGGACGUAGAGCAAUACGAAGGCUGGAUCGUGGGCAGAUUCUCGCAGGAGCAUGGCAUCUUGACCUGGCGAUCAGUGGGGGAGAAGACUUCCGGAAAGGGGCAGCUGCAGGAACCAGACGCUCUAGAAGUCGGGCAGAAGGUCAGGCUCUGGCCAAACCAUUCAUGUGUCACCGGAGCUCAUUUCGGCUGGUACUUUGUGGUGGACGAGAGCAGGGAGGGGAAGGAGGAUGAAAUUGUGGAUAUUUGGGUCAGAGCCAGGGGAUGGUAG